UUCCAUAUUAUGUUGUGACCUUUAUUCGUUUCGAUUGUCAGGAGGCUAGCCCCAGAGAUUCGUCGAGCCCAUAGAUCAGUGGCCGAACCCGAACCCGAAGAGCGUGUGUUGUGGAUUGGUGAGACGUUCUAGAAAUUAGGCUAGGCCUGGUCUUUGAGCGUAAUUGCUCUUCUACCCUCAGCAUCCAUUUAAAGAAUCACAAUGGGACAUGUUACAGCUGACUGGAACCCGAUGGGGGAAGUUUACUUCAGAAAGUCUGAGUUGUACAGUAUGGACCGAAAAUGGCAGGAAAUUGCUGAUUUAAAGAAGUUUAAAAUUGCUGCUGCCCCCUAUGGUGGACCAAUAGCAUUGAUUCGAGAUGAUACUAAGAUUCUACAAGUCAAGGGAAGUGCUCGACCAAUCGUGUACAUUUUCACAUCAGCUGGAGUGCAAGUAGCGUCGUUUAUUUGGAAAAGUUUGCGUGUCAUACAUAUUGCAUGGACCAAUACAGAGGACUUGAUGAUUAUACAAGAAGAUGGUACUGUGCACCUUUAUGACAUGCUUGGAAGUCACAAGAAAACAUUCACAAUGGGCCAGGAUGCGAAAGAAACAAAAAUUCUUGAGUGCAAGACAUUCCGUAGUUUUUCUGGUACUGGAUUAGCCAUUUUGACCGGCAGCUUUCGUAUUUUUGUUGUCAACAAUGUGGAAGAACCCAGGUUGAGGAGAAUGGCUGAAAUACCAGGUCUGGAAUCUGCCCCCAGUAGUUGGUGUGUCAUAUCCAGUGAGAGGCAGUCUCUGUUGCAGCUGCUAUUGCUGUUGUUGCAGCUGCUAUUGCUGUUGUUGCAGCUGCUAUUGCUGUUGUUGCAGCUGCUAUUGCUGUUGUUGCAGCUGCUAUUGCUGUUGUUGCAGCUGCUAUUGCUGUUGUUGCAGCUGCUAUUGCUGUUGUUGCAGCUGCUAUUGCUGUUGUUGCUGCUGCUAUUGAUGUUGUUGCUGCUGCUAUUGCUGUUGUUGCAACUGCUAUUGCUGUUUUUGUUGCUGCUGCUACUUUUGUUGUUGCUGCUGUUGUGUUUUGAUGCUGCUGCUUUUGUUGUUGCCAUUUGUGCUUUAGAAUUGGAUGCACCUGUAAACUCUUUCAUGGAGAUGUCAGUGUCCUUUGAUCAUCGCUUCUUAGCAUUGUUUGCAGAUACUGGUGUUUUCUGGGUUGGCUCAUCUGACCUAAAAAGGAAGCAUUGUGAGUUUGAUACAAAAAGUAAAACAAGGCCAAAGCAAUUAAGUUGGUGUGGCGUUGGAGCGAUUGUGGCGUACUGGGAAAACAUGUUGGUGAUGAUAGGCCCCGAUAAGGACUGGGUUAAGUAUACGGUGGACAGUGAGGUCCACUUGACAGCUGAAUACGAUGGCCUUCGUAUUAUAGGAACACAAACUCACGAGAUGUUACAGCGAGUACCAAAUGUGGUGGAGGAUAUAUUCAAAAUAGGAUCAAUGGCCCCAGGUGCUAUGUUGUAUGAAGCAUCAAGGGAAUUUCAGAAAAAGAGUGAAAAGGCAGAUGAGUAUAUUCGUGAGAUCAAGGACCAACUCCAGAGGGCGGUACAGCAAUGCAUUCAGGCUGCCGGAGCCGAGUAUGAGCCAGCAACUCAAAGGAUGCUACUUCGUGCUGCUGCAUUCGGCAAGUGUUUCCUUACUAACAUGAAACCGGAUAUGUUUGUCAACAUGUGCCAGAUGCUGCGUGUUCUCAACGCUGUGCGGGAUUACCGCGUGGGAAUUCCGAUUACCUACGAUCAAUUGAAGCAUCUUACAUUACCAGUCCUGGUUGACAGGUUGAUAUUGAGAAGGAAUUGGUGUUUAGCUGUUCGGAUCUGCAAAUACCUUAAAUUGCCGGAAACAGAAGGAGAAAGCAGAAUCCUAGGCCACUGGGCAUGUUACAAGGUUCAGCAGACGCACGUUGCUGAUGAUCAAAUUGCUAGGGCAAUCCAGAGUAAGCUAGGGGAUACUCCAGGGAUCUCUUACUCUGAGAUUGCAUCCAAGGCUUGGGAAUGUGGCCGAGCUGGCCUAGCAGUCAAGUAUUGUCGACAACAGAAUCCGGACAUGCUGGAGAACCUGUAUGAGCAGGUAGAUGAUUACGUGGAGAUGGCAAAUGUUAAAGUCUGUAACAGUUACAUUUAUGCGUCAGAGAAAAAUGUGAAGACACAGAUCGACAUGUUACAUGUUGCGCAAGAAAACUACAAGAAAGCAAACUAUGAAUUUGCUACCAAGAUGACCGAGGAGCAGAUAAAAUUGUUAUCGUACCAGAAAGAUAUGGAGGCUGACUUGAAACAGCCGUACCUGAAUUUAUCAAUUCAUGACACAAUUUUAGAGCUUUUACUCACAAAUCGAACAAAACUUGCAGAGCAACUUAGGAAAGAAUUUAAGGUACCAGACAAAAGGUUUUGGAGAAUAAAGAUUGAAGCUUUGUCUGAGACAAGAGAUUGGAUUGAAUUAGAAAAAUUCUCCAAAAGUAAAAAGUCUCCUAUAGGGUUUGAGCCGUUUGUUGAAGCUUGCUACAAAUAUGGAAACAUCACAGAAGCUAAUAAAUAUGUACAGAAGGUUCCACCAGAAAACCGGGUCAGAAUGUACCUUCGAAUCGGUGUUUUAGAUCAAGCGGCCGAAGCUGCCUUUCAAAUCAAGAGUGAAGAAGAUCUUAAUUUGGUGCUGAUGAAAUGCGGCGUACAAAACAAACAAGUUGCUGCUAAAAUAGCCAAUAUGAAGUCACAACUUGGAAGAAAAUAAUAAUAUAAAAUAAUAAUAUUUAUAAAAAAUUAUGCAGAUAUAUACAUAUAUAUAUAGGCCUAUAUAUAUAUAUAUAUAUAUAUAAUCAAAUUACGUUCAAUAACAUGAUAUAAUGUGGUUCAAUGACACUAAUUCUCAAAUGAUCACUGAUGCUAAGGCAAGACUUUUUUAUACCUUUUUAGCAAACCCACUGCCUGCAAAUAAUGAUGAUUUUGAAAUCUCCAAAGAUAUGUAUAUUUCUUCCUAAUUGUAUAAAUUUAAAGCAUUUAACCAUCCCAUUAAUACACUGUUUACAUUUCCCAAUAAAAUGUUAUUUUCAUUUUCUCCUCCGUCUGGAUGUUUUUGCUAAAAUUAUAUGCUGAAUACGAAAACAAACCUUUAUAUUUAUAAUCGUUAAAAAAAUGAAUUCGCAAAACAAGGAAUGAAAAAGUCUCGCCUAAUUAUUAUGUAAGCUACUCAACAGCAAAACUGUGUGAUAGACAUGUUGAAGAUGUACUGUCAGUCUUGAGCCAAAAUAAAAAAAAUUCAAUUCAAUUUUUUAAUUUUUAAAAUUCGUAUUAAGUAAGUUAUGAACUUAUGAGUUAUGAGUUAAGUAAGAUAUGGGGUGGUUUCCUGUGGAUAUAUAUCACCUGUAUAUAUGCGAAGAAUACACUAUUGAUCAUUUUUAUUACAGUCAUUAGUUGUACAUUGCAAUACCAGUUUAGUGACUAAAUAAAAAAUAUAAGGUAGGCCUACAUACGAGCAUGUACAUCAUCCUUUUAUUUUCAUUUUCUUCUCCGUCUGUGUUAUGAAUGUAGAACAAACUUCAAUAA